UCCCGCCUCGUCCCAAACCUGAAGAGCUACAGCCUGGGGCUCUGAUCACUGGAGCCCUUCUAAAUGAGAAGCCAGGACGACCUGUCCAAAGUUUGCCCUUACAUUUCCUGGAGACUCAGGUGUAGAGACAUCCGUACUGCCACCUGACCCGCAGCAGGAGAAAGCGCUGACAGCUCCAGACCAGGACCAUCAUGUGCAGCACCAGCUCCUGUGACCUGGAAGAAAUCCCCCUGGACGAUGAUGACCCAAACAGCCUGGAAUUCAAAAUCCUGGCCUACUAUGUCAGUCACCAUGUCUUCAAGAGCACCCCUGCUGUCGUCUCACCAAAGCUGCCAAGAACGAGAAGUCUGUCCCAGAGGGGUCUGGAGAGUUGGUCAGCAAAUGAUUCAUGGACGCAGGUGUCCUGGCCUUGCAGAAACUCCCGAUCCAGUGAGAAGCCCAUAAACCUCGCCAAGAAAAAGUCUUCCUGGAAAGUGCUCUUGGGCCUAGUGGAAAAGGAGGAAGACUCGCAGAGCUUGUCUGUGCGGGAACAGGGACACAGAACGGCAAAAUACCAGGGUGGAUUUCCCAGUCAGCAGUGGUCCAGGUCCCUUUCUAACGUGGACUGGUGCUUAGAUCACGAAGCUACAGACGCAAAAGUUGUUUCCAUUGCCAACCGAGUUGCUGAAAUUGUUUAUUCCUGGCCACCACUAGAAGCCCAGGCAGGGGGCUUCAAGUCCAAAAGGAGCUGGACACCACAGUCUCUCCAGUACCGGGCUGAAGGCGCCCAGCCUACAGCAUCGAGUUCUAAGAAAGAGGAAGAAGACCAAAUAAUAAGCAAAAUUGUUGAGCUGCUGAAAUAUUCAGGGGAUCAGUUGAACAAAGAGCUGAAGAGAGACAAGGCUUUGAUGAGCAGCUUCCCAGACGGGCUGCCCUAUGCUGUUUUUAAGACGAUCACAGACCAGGUCCUAAGUGCUGUGGACACCAGGGGAGAGUCAGAGGUCAAAGCUCAGGGUUUUAAGGCUGCCCUUGCAAUAGAUGUCAUGGCCAAGCUCACAGCUAUCGACAACCACCCCAUGAACAGAGUGCUGGGCUUUGGAGCCAAGUAUCUGAAGGAGAACUUCUCACCCUGGGUGCAGCAGCAUGGUGGAUGGGAAAAAAUACUUGGGCUAUCACAUGAAGAAAUAGACUGAAAUAUCAGCUUUGUCAUCUGGAAUACUCAUUGUCCAACUAUGGUCCUCUGCACAUUGGUCUCAGCAUGGACUACAGGAGAAAAUUAAAAUGUACAAGGCAAAUGGAGCGUUGAUGUUUUCAAAACCAGUGUUCCUGUGACCUGGGCGCCAUCAGGAGAGGCCUAGUUCAACUCCCACUCAUAGAAUGUAGUAUCAUCAUGGUGCUUGACACUGAGGCUUUAUGGGCCCUCCAUUAAGCGUGAGACGGUCUAUAAAGAUAAGUGGUAAUUUUCCAGACUUCAGAACAGAAACCUUCCCCCUGCAUGUGUGAGCUACUUGAGGGAAGGUAUGUUACAGAUGUCCGCUGACCUCACCAGGGGAAAUGAUCAAUUGUGCAUGUGCUGAGUCAUCAGUUUCUAGUACUAUUCACUUUUAAAUUAUACUUGGGAUGGCCUAACUUGUUUCAAGCCUAACUUUGGGAAGAUGUUGCUAUUCGAUGUCAGCAAGCAUAGCUUAAAGAAACUCUUGAAUUUACUGCAAUAUCUGCUAGUUUGGGGAUAUGACUUUUGACUCACUUCUCUUGGAAAAAUUCUUUGGCAGUUUGAAAAAUUUCCAUGUGGUACAAAACUAUUAUUGCAACCACCCUCCACUCUCUUCUCAGGGACUACACCGCUCCUUCCUAAGGCCUCUGGUACGUUCUCUAUUUUUCUUUGCAGUAGUGUAAUGAUUGGUCGCUGGUAAAAUAAAUACAUGGAAAGACUACUGUCAAAAGAGUGUCUUCGGAUUAAAAUAAGUAAUACUUAAUAGUACUAGGGUGUCUGUGAAGACCAAAUGAGUUAAUUUACAUAAAGCUCUCAGAAUAGCUCUCCAUACUUAGUGGUAAGUGCUCAUGUAAGUUCCUUAGUGUGUGCUCCUUCAGCUACAUUGAAAAUUUCCUCUUCUCUCAAAGUGGUCCUUAAUUGUUUUUCUGAAAUUGAGGCUGUUUGGAAUGAUAUUUUUUUAGUAAGUGAAAUAUGUUCCAUACCUAAGUGUUUAAGCCACACAGCAAUUAAAAAAUACUAUGGGCUAGGUGCCCGUAGCACAGUGGUUAUGGGGCCAGCCACAUACACCAAGGCUGGCGGGUUUGAAACCGGCCUGGGCCAGCUAAACAACAAUGACAACUGCAACAAAGAAAAGUAGCCAGGAGUUGUGGGAGGCGCCUGUAGUCUCAACUACUUGGGGGCUGAGGCAAGAGAAUCGCUUAAGCCCAAGAGUUUGAGAUUGCUGUGAGCCGUGACGCCAAGGCACGCUACUAAGGGUGACAUAGUGAGACUCAGUCUCACCAAAAAAAAAAAAAACUAUGAAAUUAUAAGAUCUUGUAAAUUUCUGAAUCUCUAUCACCCAGCAUAUGACCUCAUGUAAAAUAAGUGCUUACUAAACCUUUUGAUGCAAAAUAAGUGAAAAAAAUCAAUCUGACAUACUUUCAGGGUCAAGGGAAAACUGAAUUUAUCUAUUAUCAAAUGCUUCCUUAGCCCACUCAUCUCAAUGAGUUAUUCUUGUUUAUUUUCUUUUCCCCAUGAAAGUCAUAAAUGUUAGGGAUUAGAGAGUCUCCUUUUAUAGAUGGAGACACUGAAGACCACCAUUUACCUCACUUUCAUCCAAUCAUUCUAAACACUUUCAGUUCCCAAAUGCAUUAUGCAACCUUGUACCUCUGAGCCUUCAUAAUGAUGUUCUCUGUACUUGGAAUGUUAUUGCCUAUCAGCCCCCCUAAUUCCAUUCCCACUAAAACAACUGACCCAGCCCAUUUUUCCAAAUUGGCUCCAUUUCCUCCAGGAAUCAUUUCCUAACCCUUUCUUGGCCAUCACAAGGCUAUACUAAGAUACCUUUCCUCAUAGGGAUUUUCUCAAACACCUUCCAUACAGACGUUAUAUUUAAUACCCUGUACCAAAAGCACAGGUUUACCCAGUCUUUCCCAAUGAAUUGUAAAAACUUUUGUAGACAAGUGUUAUGUCUAACUUAACUUUGUAUAUUAAAUACUUGGCAUAUUUUUGGCAUGCCAUUGCAGAACCUUACCCUGGCCUCACUGCUAUAGCUUGCAAAUCAGUACAACUGGAGUGUGGCCCAAGAUGUGUGUAGUUAUAACAGCUCUCCAAGAGUUUAUAAUGUCAUGCACAGCUUCUGGUCAAGAUGAAGUAACAGCAAGCAGAUUUAAUCUCCUGCUUGAAACAACUGAAAAAACAGACAGAAUUUGUGAAACAACAAUUUUCAAGGCACUGACAUCAGCUAAUAAAAAACAGGUCCCUGAGAGGUGAGAAAUGAAGUAAGGCCUGUGAUUGCCCUGGAGUCCAGAACGUAAAGAGUUCCUAGGCCACACAGGAGAGAGCAAGACCCUCAGAGUUCACCAGCAUCUUAGUAAAAGUGAUAGAGGUGGGAGUCCUGGAGGGCCAAAGAAGCUAAAGUUUGCAAGGCGGAUAAAGGAGAAAAGAGUGUGGCACGCAAGCUUCAGAGACCCUCUGAGAGUUUCCCUUAGGUCUUCAGAUGCGUGCUGAUCAAAACAUGCAUGGUGAAGAACUCACCUAAGGCUUAGGAAAGAACUACCUGAAAAUAUUAAAAUCAACCCUCUCCAAAGCUUACAUAAGGUCAGGAGGAGUGCCUUUAUUUUGGCAAUAGGUAGAACACUCCAAAGAAUUUUACCUCCGAAGUGGGGUAAAAUUAGCCCUAGACUAAGCAUUCUUCUGAUAUUGUCCAACAAAAAUUAAGAGCAAAACUGAAAGGAUUAAACUGUUAUCAAGUAAUUCAACAGUGUUCCAGAACAAACUCAAGAAUUUUUAACAGAGUACCAAAAUAUUCAACACCGAACAAGGUAAUAUUCACAAUAUCUGGCAUCCAGUCAAAAAUCAGAAGGCAAGCAAGGAAGCAGAAAAAUGUGACUCAUAAUGAGGAGAAAAAUGAAGAAAACUGGAAACAAUACAGCUGAUGGAAUUAUUAUACAAUGGUAUUAAAAUCAUGAUCAUUGUAUUCCAUACGUUCAAUAAGCCAGAGGAAAGACUGAACAUAGGAACUACAUAUAGAAGUUACAAGUAUGACUCAAACCAGCACCUACAAAACAAAUCUAUCAUAUCUUCCAUGAAUUAGAUACAAUAAUUAGAUACUUAUUCUUUAUUCUGCUGCAGAUUAGACAUCACAGGGUAGUAAUAAUAAAGAAUAA